CGAGGUCUUGAGUCUAACCCAGAAACUGAAAACUACACAUUGACAUAAUUCGUCCGUUAGAUGUAUCUAAAUUCCUCUUAAUUUAAGAGUCAAAAUCGCUAAACAAUAGAGUUUAUAUUUGUGCUACGGAUUAAACCAUUAAUAUAUCCCACGGACAUUUAGAAUAUAUUUUGGAGUGCAUAGAAAUUAGGUGAAACAUAAGGCUACACUAGCAUGUAAAUUAACCAAACUCUAGGCAUAUUGUUACUAGCGUAGUAGAUAUCUAGUGUGUUCUGUCUGCUAUUUCCAUCGACAAGGAAAACUCGGUCAGUUGUCAUUACUUACAGUUUUAGUAAAAGUAGUUAUUAAAAGACACAGAAUCAUAAACGCUAAAUGAGACACAACGGAUAUCCUUAUUUCCUGUUUUCCCAGCCAGAUGAAAUUGAUCAUUGUUUGAUACUAGAUCGUUUAGAUCCACAUCAUAAUAAUAAUAAUAAUGGUAAAUAUGGUAUAGAAUCCCGAUGUGUUGCCUGGGCACCAGAUCAAUCCUAUAUAGCCUGGUCUUCUGGUAACUGUACUGUACAACUUAUACCAUGGUGUAGACAAACACAAAGAAGUUUACAAAAUGAUGAAGACAUUCUACGCCCAAAGCGUAACAUUGAUUGUAAAGAAAAUGUUUGGUCACUUGCUUUUGGUUGUGGAAAAUCCCAAAGUCUUGGUACAGCCAGAUUUAAAUUUGGUCAGAAUUCCAUCUUAGCUACUGGUUUACAGAGUGGAAGAAUCAAGUUAUGGAAUUGUAAAUCAGGAUCGUUAUUGAUGGUUCUGUUUGAUCAUAAAGAUGUAAUCUCAAGUCUAAACUUUGCUCCAGACUUUAGUUUGUUUCUUGUUUCUGCUUCUUAUGAUGGAACUCUUAAACUCUGGGAUUUGAAUGAUGAUGGAAACAUGUAUCAAACUUUAAGACCUCAUAGUAAACGACUACAUGGUUGUCGAUGGUCUCCUGAUAGAAAAUACAUUGCAUGUGUUGGCGAUUUUAAAUGUGCAGUAUUAUGGAAAACAGACGAAAAGAAAAUUGUACGUAAAUUUCAGGGUCAUUAUAAUACAGUGAUGAGUUGUGAGUUCUCCCCAGAUGGAGCUUUAUUAGCGACAGCAUCUUACGAUACUCGCGUAAUAUUAUGGGAUUGUGACACAGGAGAAGUGAUCCGUGAACUUGGCCAUAUGUUACCAGCUCCCCGUCCUAUCUAUGCUGGCGGUGCUAAUGAUCAUUUUGUAAGGAAUCUUUCAUUUUCUUGUGAUGGCCGUCAUGUUGCUUCAGUUUGUGAUGAUGGAUUUAUUCGUGUGUGGAAUUUAGCCGAGGAAGGAGAUCCAUGUAGGAUAGGUGUUAGUGUUAAUAGUAAUGCACUUUGUUGCUCCUUUUCCCCUGAUGGUAGGGCACUAGCAGUUGGGAAUAGAGAAGGUGUAGUUGAGGUAUUAUCCUGUCCUCGGAAGAUAGAAUCAUUACUACAUCUUUGCCGUUUAACUGCAAGGCGCCAUCUUCCUACAACUAAAAUUGAUCAUCUUCACCUUCCUUUAAGACUCAAAGAAUUCCUCAAGUAUAAACAUAUUUAAUAUAAUGGAACUGAGUGAAUGGUUAAUUUAACUGAAAAAAAAACCCAGUGAAUAUUGGUGUUAAAUGAAACCAGAAUAUUGGUGAUUGUUUUAUCGAGUUUAAACCAUGAUAUAUGUUUAAUUUAACCAGGUGGGUGAAAGUUAAACUUGAUCAUUUUGAUUGGUGAAUGUUUCAUAUUUGUGAAUGGAAAAGUGCAAUGUUUCUUCUAUAUAUCUGUUUAUAUGUUUGAUGAUUUUGGUAUUGGAAAAAAUAAAAUGAUAUAAACUAAUGCAUCUUAACCCAUUAACACUUGGUACCAGGGUUCAUGUAAAUAUUGACUACUCUAGUUCCUUGAAGAAUAUAAGAGAAACCUGAGUGAUAUAUUAAUACCAAGGCAGACCAAAGCAAUCCAAAACUGCUGUUCCUUACACCUCCCUAAACUGUCAAAGAUAUGUGAAUUUACUGGUUCUUGCAUUCACCAAAACUAUGCAGAUGACUGGGCGGUUUGGGGGCAUUCUAAGGAACCAUAGUUAUGGGCAUUGUAAGUGGUAAAGGAGUAAUCUGUAAUAAGUACAAAAGUAAUCUGUUUAUAUUAAUAUAAAAAAAUAUUUAAUAGGGCUUCGCUAUCAGACACAACUUAAAAUUAAUUCAGAGUGCGAUUUAUGCUGGAUUUACUUUAAUUAUUUGUUUCAGAAUUUGAAAAUACUACCCUUGAUCACAUUACAAGUCAUGUUUUCUCAAGCAAACUCAAAUGACUUGUAACAAGUAGAAAACAUGGCUCAUUAUGUUAUUUUCAGUUCAGAAACCCAUAAUUACUGAUAGCACAACACUGGUUUUACUAAAAGGCCUAUGAGAGCCUUAACCACCUGGUAAAAUUACUAUCACCUUUGUAAAUUUUUGUUUAUAUAAUGGAUGUAAUAAUUGAAUACUAGGAGAUAACAUUAAAUGCUCAAUUGCCUCAUUUUGGUUUGUAUAAAUCUAUGCACAAAAUGGGAGCUGUAUUACAACUGUAUUGUUACCAGAUAGAAUAUAUAUUGAUGGAGAAGUUUAGCCAUUGUGGAUUCUUUACAUUUUUUCAUUUAUCUAGUAUUGAAGAAAUAGUUUUAUCAUUUAUCUAUUGUUGAAAUAGUUUCAACUAUACUUAACUCAAAGUAACAAAUAAAUCACUCUGUCUUUCAUUAACAAAUUAACAUAUAGUUUGUCACCGACUCUACUAAACAAGGCUUGAAACACAUGGUAGGCCUAUAAUAGUCCUGGAUUCAGUGUCUUUCUUAAGACAUUAUGGCACAAGCAGCACAUGACUUUGUUGUUAAACACUAACUGAUAAAGAUAACUACCCUGAUAAAGUCUCAUUCUGUGUCUUAAUUUAUUAUUUUCAAUAUGAAAUAAUUUGUACAUUGGGUUCUGGAAUUUGAUUUCAAUGCUAUGUGAAGCAGCAACGAUUCUUUUUGAAUUAUCUAUUUCAAUACUAUAUAAUGAAUAAAAUACAAUGAAUCUUGUAUGGCUAGACUGCUUGUGUAAGAAUUAAAGUAUGGAAGGAAUGCUUGUGAAAAUGUUUAUUGCUACUAUAUAUUCUAACCAAUAAGAAAUUGUUUGUGAACUAUAUUUUGUAACCUUAUCUGUAACUUCUAAGUGUAAUAUCAUGAUGGUGGGAAGCAGACUUUAAGUAGUGCGGACUAACUAUUUUUUUGUAAAAAUAUCACAGUUUGCCUUAAUGAUAUCUACACAUAAUUUCAGGUGAAGGUUAUACAGUACCUUUUAUUGUUAUCUUAUAUUUUACUCACGGCCGCUUGUAAAAUGGAAAAUCUUUUAAAAAUUACAACAAACAGCACAGCGGACACUUACAGCCGGCCCUUGUAUACAAUCAUUUUAUAUAUGUUUAUAUAAUUUGUGUGUAGCGUGGUCCUCCUGCACUUACUAUUAAGCUGAGGCUAAGUAUUAUGCCUAUAAAGUCUAUUAUGUUCAUAUUCAUUGUGAUUAUUACUUCUAUUUCCAUUUCUUAUGUAUACACACAUGUAGUUGUGAAUAAACUGUUAUUGAUCUCACCUAAGGAGUUAAAAAAAUAUUCCUUUUUCGGCUAAAAUGAAGGAAUUGGAAAGAAUUAAAGAGAAAUGUCAUGGUAUAGAAUGUGUAUUUCUUGACUUUACUAGGUGUCAAAGAGUUAUUUACUCCUGAAUUUGAUUAUCUCCCGUAUAUGAAUAUUAACAUAAUGGACUUUAUUCAUAAUACCUAGCCCCAGUGUUAUGUUAUUUUUGAAAAAGAUUUUCCAUUUUACAAGCGCUUCUGAUAUUACUAUGGUCAAUGCCAACAAAUGCUCAAUUCCAUCUUCUCAAAUUUUUUUAAAGAAAUUUGAGCUCAUGAAAUCUGUAAAUAAAUGAUUAAUAGAAUGAAAAUUUGAUAUAAAUUUACUUAUUAUGUAUGUAGUCCAUGUAGAGAUUUUUUUUUUCAUACCUUGUGUGUACCUCUAAAUAAUAAUCAUGAUGGACAAAGUCUUAUUUAUUUUAGAAGGUUGAUUUGAGCUCUUGUUAAUAAUCAGUAUUCUUUCGCUCUUUUUCCGUGAACUGAAAACCUCAUUCUUAUCCAGCUUUAAUUUUGUUUUUAUUGUCACUGAACCAAAGAUUCUUUUUGUUUUCAUUGAUUUGAUACAGAUUUUUUCUUUCUAAUGCCAGUAUAUUAUUGUGGUUUGCUUGCCUUAUGUUUGUAGAAAUUUGACCUAUGUCUGAGAUUACAUAUACCAUAAACUGUUUAAGUUCUUAUUGAAUAAGUAACUUUAUGUUAAAGGGACAAUAACACUCUUGCUGGCUUGAUAGCUCCAGAAAAUAAAAAAGUGCCUUAUUCUAAGUACUAGAUGUGUUAGUGUCCUACCUGUUGUGUAAAUUAUCCAUUACAUCCUAUUUUACUUGUCCAGAGGGUUCGAAAAUAUUUUUAAAUCAAAGUUUUGUUUGAAAAGGUUUACGUUAGACGUUUCAAACCAUUAUGUUGAAUUUUUCAAAAUUUUUAAAUAAGGUGUGUUAAGAUGAAAUUUGUAUCAUCAAUUAAUUGAAAUAUUCUAAAAUAGUACAAUUUGUUGACCGAAUAAAGAUUGGGACAUAUUAUUCAGUUUCAAGAGUGGUAUUGAGCCUUUAAAGAAAAGUUAAUAGAAUCAGUUUUUGGUAUACAUGUAAUUGUUUUCUUGAGUGUUAUCCCAAGUAUCAAUUAAUUUGUGGUUAUAUUCUUUUAUUUUAGAGCUUCCUUGACACAAAAUUAUAACAUUAUUAUUGAAUGACAUUAUAAGUAUAAUUGUAAUCUUAGGGCCAAAAUUAUAAUCGAGUCCAAUGUAAAUUGAUAUUUCAAGGAACUGCAGUAAUAUAGGUCAUUCCAUUAUACACUUCUGUGUUUUUGUAUGAACUGAUUUGAAUCUUAAUUGCUUUGAAGCUAUGGAUUAUUUGUAAAUCUUAAUAUUUAAAUUAUGAUUUAAAACUUACUCUAUGGAUUAUUUGUAAAUCUUAAAUUAUGAUAUAAAAUGUACUCUAUGGAUUAUUGAAUUUAAAUUAUGAUUUAAAAUAUACUCUAUGGAUUAUUUGUAAAUGUUAAAUUUAAAUUAUGAUUUCAAACAUACUCUACUUAAGUGCAGCUAUUCAGUGAUAUUUCCAUGUCUUGUUUUAUUAUGUAGAUCUUUGUGCUAUUUUCUCAGUUUAAGUCAGAAUAUUUUAUAUAAUGAUUACUCAGUUUUGAUUUAAAAAUGAUAGUUUGAAUCAUAUCUACUCACAACUUCUAAAUGCCACUUAUAGCAUUGAUAAUCACCUUUAACAGUCUUUAACCUUUAACUGUUUUUCUUUGCAUUUUCAUUGAUAUGAAAUUUAUAAUGUUUCUAUUAUGUACCAAGUAUUAUUAUUUUCUAUAUUUACCUUGUAAAUUAUUACAUUAUAUUUUAUUAAUUUGUUAAAUGUUAUAACUUGUGCUUUAAUUUGUUUCAGGAUAGCAGCUAUAUAAAUAAUUAACUGACUUUUACAGAAAAAAAAACCCAACAACUAAAAAAAACCCAUAUGUUUAUUUCAUUAUAUAAUGCGGCUAAGCUACACCCACAAUUUUCAUGAAAUUUGUAUGUGACUGAUAUACAGAAAUUGAAGCUUUUUAGCCUGCAUUUGUUGUAAUGUAUAGUAGUGUUACGGAUAUGCCCAUAUUCAACAUUCUGGGCCACCUUGGAUCUUAAGAAAUCUUCCACAUACCGGCACAUGUAGAGCCAAAAUAACUCUGUACUGUCAAGUUGUUUUGUUGGUUAAUCAAGUUUUUUUAUUUAAUUACAUCUGCCGAUUAUUCAUGGUAUAUAAUGUAGUGUGGUCAUGUUUUAUCAUUAGUCGAUUAAAUAAUUGAUCUCACAUUGAUCAAAGACAACCCGAUUAAGGGCAGUAAACAGUGUUUAAACAAACAUAUCAAACACUGCUUGAAAGACUGAUUAGCCUCUUUAAUGUUGGGGUAUGUCUAUGAUGGAUGUGACAUUCCAAAUAAACAACUGCUGAAACCUUUGGAAAUAAUCUCAUGUUAAUUGUACAUAUUUUAUUUUGUUCAUUUGAAAUUUUUUUUAGUGUUAUUGUGAUAUGUUUUUGUAAAUAUGUACAAUUUAGUCAGAAGUGGUCAUGUAGUUGAAGCCAUAGUGUGUCCUUAAACAAUACCUACAAUAUUAAUACUUGCAGUCCCAUUUUAGAUACCCAGACAUUAUUAAACUCUAAGUACCUGUAAUAUAGGAGGUUAAUGGGUUUUCCCAGAUUUGAUGAUCUUGCAAUAUUACACUUAUAUUUAUUAUUGAUUUAUGGCUCUAAAUAUAAUUGUAAUGUGUACCUUCAAAGUAUUAACUCUUUUAUAUUGUGCAUUUUCACACAUUUGAAAUUGUAUAAUUGAGGUUAUAAUAUCCAUGGUUUCAGAUAAAUAUGACCAACAUUACUGCAUUUUACUAGUGAGUAAAUAGCACCUGGAGACAUUAGAAGUAAAUAGACACAUUCUUAAAGGUUGAAUUUUUGUAUUUGAGUGUAUGACAUUUGAGUUUUUGCUCAAAUAAAAGUACUUGUUUAUCAUAUCGUCUAUAUACAUAGAAAUAUUUAUAUACAUAUUGGAAUAUGAUAUCUGGUCUGUUGGACAUUUCUGAAUAAAGUAUAUUCUCUACAA